CCCCGCACACUUUCCGGCUUUCUCCACCGCGCAGGCGCGGAGAGGGAGCCAAGAUGGCGGCGCCCGUGGAUCUGGAGUUGAAGAAGGCCUUCACAGAGCUUCAAGCUAAAGUUAUUGACACUCAACAGAAGGUGAAGCUUGCGGACAUACAGAUUGAACAGCUAAACAGAACGAAAAAGCAUGCCCAUCUUACAGAUACAGAGAUUAUGACUUUGGUAGACGAGACUAACAUGUAUGAAGGUGUAGGAAGAAUGUUUAUUCUUCAGUCUAAGGAGGUAAUUCACAAUCAGCUGUUAGAGAAACAGAAAAUAGCAGAGGAAAAAAUUAAAGAAUUGGAACAGAAAAAAUCCUACCUGGAGCGCAGCGUGAAGGAAGCUGAGGACAACAUCCGGGAGAUGCUGAUGGCACGAAGGGCACAGUAGGAAGCCUCUAGGGAAGCUUUCCCUCCUGACCCCUCCCAUUCCUGGCAAGGACAAGGGGCUUGUGAGGGAAAUAGCGUCUGCUAUACCCUGGUGGACGUUUUAUCUGGAUGGCCUGGUAACCCUGUUUUCUACAUCACCCUGAGCCCCUUUCAAAUCCCAAGCCCUUAUUUUUUAUCCUGGCUCUGCCUAAGACAUUCUUCUCCCCUGGGGGUGAGUCCUGAACUCCCAGGAGAGGGGAGAUGGGAGCCAGGACAGGUAGGGGAGCUCUGCCCAUGCCCCCUACUAGUCAUGCUGGUCAGACCAAUAAAAGGCAUCUGUGCCACUCUGCUAA